AUGUUUGCUUGAUUUUGAGGAAAUCUUGUUCCUAUACUCCUUGCUAGUCCGUCAUCCCCAAUGGUUAUUAGGUAUAUCCAGUGAGAUUGGAAAUUAUCAUGUCACUCUUUAGUGGUAUGAAGAUCAGCGGAGGGAAAGGAGAGAAGAGUAAAGAUGAUUCAGCAUCAAGAACGGGGCAGGAAGACAGCACUGAGAAACCUGCAGUCUCUGCCUUUGGAUUUAUCAGAGAUACACCAAAGAGCUCAUCAACAGCAGGAGACCCAACUUUAGCCAGCUCAUCUGCAACAAUAGAGACAAGAGCACCAUCUCAGACUCAAGUAGAUGAUCCUGCUCCUUGCCCACAGACUCGUUCUAAACGCACCACUCCUGGUGUCAAUUUUGAUAUAGAUCUGGACCUGGACUUUGAGCUUGAUCCACUUAGACCAGGUCUAAAACAGGAUACGGGGCAAGUGACACAAGGAACAGAUCUUGAAGGAAUUGAUUUCUCCAAAGAUGUAGACCUUGAUGCUCUGUUAGAAGAGUGUAACAUCAAUGUGAAGACUGAUGCUCCUGCAAACAAGGAAGAUAAGUUUGAAGAUGCUAGAGCAGAGUUGGAGAGAGAACGUGAUCAAAAGGGCAGAGAUAACCUUGAUAUGGAAAUGUCAUCUAGUGAACCUAAAGGAAAGGAAGAGAAGGAAUUAAAUAUUGAUGAUGAACACAAAGGACAUACCGCUGUUUCAAGUGAAAGCAAGUUUGGAUUCAUCAGUGACAGUGAUGGAGACGAUAACCAGAUACCAACGGAGUGCUCGUCCAGGACUAUAGAUGAUGUUUCUUCCAUUUCAUUAAGGACAAAGAAUCCAGAUGAUGGAGCAAGCUCGCUUUAUGAUAUUGAAUUGGAUGUCCAGGAUACAUUGGAUGUUCUUUUGGAAUCCCAUGCAGCAAGUGAACACCAGCUCAGGCUUGCUGAAGAAGCAUUAAGUGAAGAGCUGGAAUCUCUGGGAAAGGAGAGACUAAAAUUAAUGUACAGCAUGAUCAGAAAACAGAAAAAACUGGAUGAAUUGCAAACUGCACAGUCUCAGGCUAUUAAUGAAGAGAAUUAUGAACAGGCUGAAAUUCUGACCACAGAAUGCAACUCUCUGGAGGAAGACCUCCAAUGCAUACCUCGAGUGACCUUGGACGAUGGUGUGGGUGAUAUCUUCAGCUCCAGGACCAUCAUCCACGAGAAGAGGAAGAGACAGAGAUCAGAGUGGAUCCUGGCCCUCCAAGAUCUGCAGAAUCAACAAGAGGAUGUCAUCAGCAAGAUGAGGGAGGGACGGAGUGGAGACCCUGAGGGACAGAAACUGAAACUGGACACGCAGAAGACAGAACUGGACCGUGCAAUGGGCCAUGUUUUGUUGGAUAAGAACCAUGUUGAAAAGAGAGAGGCACAACUCUGGGCCAGGAUUGAUGAAAAGACAGCUGAUCUUAGGGAAAGCAGGGACAAACUGGCUGUCCAGAAAGGCAAAGUGCAGGAUGAAAUAGCUGCACUAGAAGAACAAUUACGGAGGUUGAGAUCGGAAGAAGAGAGACUGAGCAGUGAGAUUGGUGAACAAGAGAACGCCAUAGAUGAAGUCAAGGCUGAAUUCUCAGAAGAAAUCUCAAUCAUAGAAGAGGAGGAGAGCAAUGUGAAGGAACGUGAGGAUAGACUGACCAAAGAUAAGUUGAUGCUAGAUGAGGAUGAGAAGGCUCUGACUGCUGAGGUGCUAGCAUUUGAAGAAGCUCUAGCCAGGGAAGAAGAUCUGAUGUCAAGAAUUUCAUCAUCUCAAGACACCAUUAGUUCAUUGAACCCAGAUCAGGAGGAAGGAGACGAUGACUGCAAAGCCGAGUGGUCUAUAGAUCUUGAACCCAGCUCUGACAUCACAGGUUUACGAGAGAAAGUACUAAGUACUACAGAGGAGAUGCAGUUUACGAGCACCCAGAUUAUAUCCAACAAAGCCAGGCUAGCGACCUUGAAGAAGAAGGUCACUGAUACUGAAGAUCACAUUGUGACGCUACAGGAAGCAAAGCAAUUUGCUGUAUCAAUGAGGAAAUUUGGUGAGGCCAAACGUUUGACCGAAGAGAUCAAGAGCAAGAUGGGAGAGGGUCAGUCGCACCAGGCAGAGGUUGAAGCUGUCUCUGAGGAACUCAAGAAGCAACAAACAACACUGAACGGUCAGCAGGAACAAGUGGUCAAAUUGAAGAUAGAACUUGCUAAGGAAGAAAAGAAGUGGGAGCUUCAACUUUGUGAGAGGGCCAAAACAACGAUGGCUGUGAUCACCACCAGACUUGAAGACAAAGAGUCCAUGAAUUCUACCCUGUCCGCCCGCAAGCUGGAGAUAGAGAAGCAAGCCUGUGCCCUGCUGGUGGGUUGGUUGUGUGGACGUCAUGGGCUGCAGAUGCUGCCUGAGGUUGCGGCCAUGUUAGAGGAGUUUAAGGAUCAUGAAGGGAUGGGCUUAGGAGAUGAUGUGGAAGAUGGUCAUCAGUCAAAGACACCAACAAAUGCAAUGGAUGACAAAAGCUGUGAAGUCCAGAGAGAACUACAGGAAUUAGAAGAGAACCUUCAGAAGGCAAUAGAGGCUGAAGAUUUUGAUGCAGCAGAUAUCCUUUGCAUUCAUGUGUGA